UCGUCGUGUUCGUUUUUUCAGAGGUAGCAGUGGCGGUAAUGUUAUGGAGUUUUCUCCCCUGCUCAUCAGUGGCAAAUAGGAGACCCAGGCCUACUGGAUACGCUAGUUUUACCGGCUCUUAAAAAUCAGCAUUCAAGUGGUGGUGGUGAAUACAUUACGUUUAGUCCUGCAUGAGAGCCAACGAGCGCAUCGAAACAUGGUGGUUCUCAAAAUCAGAGACCAGCCUGCCCUACUAAAAGCUAUUUUUAAUGUGGAUCCGGAUGAAGUACGCUCCCUCAUUUUCAAGAAAGAGGAUGUGAAUGUACAAGACAAUGAGAAAAGGACACCGCUGCAUGCAGCUGCUUACCUUGGAGAUGCUGAGAUUAUAGAGCUUUUAAUUUUAUCAGGGGCGAGGGUGAAUGCCAAAGACAACAAAUGGCUAACUCCUCUGCACCGCGCCGUGGCGUCCUGCAGUGAGGAGGCGGUGCAGGUUUUGUUGAAGCACUCUGCUGAUGUGAAUGCUCGAGAUAAGAACUGGCAGACUCCUCUACAUGUGGCGGCUGCUAACAAGGCGGUUCGCUGUGCUGAGGCGCUGGUGCCACUGCUCAGCAAUGUUAAUGUAUCAGAUCGUGCUGGACGCACAGCUCUGCACCACGCUGCCUUUAGCGGCCACCUGGAGAUGGUGAGGUUACUGCUAUCCAGGGGAGCAAACAUUAAUGCGUUUGAUAAGAAGGACCGAAGGGCGAUCCAUUGGGCGGCAUACAUGGGUCACAUGGAGGUGGUGAAACUGCUGGUGUCUCAUGGUGCUGAAGUGCCGUGCAAGGAUAAGAAAGCUUACACACCUCUCCACGCUGCAGCCUCCAGCGGGAUGAUCAGUGUAGUGAAGUAUCUGCUCGACAUGGGAGUCGAUAUGAAUGAGCCAAACGCGUAUGGAAACACACCGCUGCACGUGGCUUGCUACAAUGGUCAGGAUGUGGUGGUGAACGAGUUGAUCGAGUGUGGCGCCAAUGUGAACCAGGUUAAUGAGAAGGGCUUCGCACCCCUGCACUUCACCGCCGCCUCACGACAUGGAGCACUUUGCCUUGAGCUGCUUGUGGGCAAUGGUGCAGAUGUCAAUAUCAAGAGUAAGGAUGGUAAAACUCCCCUACAUAUGACUGCAAUCCACGGGAGGUUCUCAAGAUCUCAGGCCAUUAUUCAAAACGGUGCUGAGAUAGACUGUGAAGAUAAGAAUGGGAACACUCCUCUGCACAUCGCAGCCCGAUACGGACAUGAGCUUCUCAUCAACACACUGAUCACAAAUGGAGCUGAUACGGCCAAGAGAGGAGUUCAUGGCAUGUUUCCACUGCAUUUGGCUGCUCUCAGCGGCUUCUCGGACUGCUGCCGUAAGCUGCUGUCUUCUGGCUUUGAUAUAGACACCCCUGAUGACUUUGGAAGGACCUGUUUACAUGCUGCUGCUGCCGGCGGGAACCUUGAAUGUUUGAAUCUUCUCCUCAACACGGGGGCAGAUUUCAACAGGAAGGACAGCUUUGGAAGGACACCUUUGCACUACGCAGCUGCAAACUGCAACUACCAGUGCCUGUUUGCUUUGGUGGGCUCAGGAGCCAACGUCAAUGAGCUUGACAAGAGGGGCUGCACCCCCCUCCAUUAUGCCGCUGCUUCUGACGCCGAUGGAAAGUGCCUGGAAUAUUUGCUGAGGAAUGAUGCUAACCCAGGGAUCCGAGACAAUCAGGGCUACAAUGCAGUGCAUUACGCCUCUGCGUAUGGACACCGUCUGUGUCUGGAGUUGAUUGCGAGUGAAACUCCGUUAGAUGUGUUAAUGGAAACCUCAGGGACAGACAUCCUAAAUGACUCUGAUGUACUUGCUCCUGUGAGCCCUCUACAUCUGGCUGCAUAUCAUGGACAUCACCAGGCUCUCGAGGUACUGGUUCAGUCUCUGCUGGAUCUGGAUGUGAGAACUGCACAAGGACACACACCGCUGGAUCUGGCCGCCUUCAAAGGUCACGUUGAAUGUGUGGAUGUGCUCAUCAAUCAAGGGGCCUCCAUCCUAGUGAAGGACUAUACGCUCAAACGCACCCCUAUCCAUGCUGCCGCCACAAAUGGUCAUUCUGAAUGUCUCCGUUUGCUCAUUGGAAAUGCUGAUCUGCAGAGUGCAGUGGACAUCCAGGAUGGGAUUGGCCAGACUCCUCUGAUGCUGUCAGUGCUCGGCGGACACACAGACUGCGUUUAUUCUCUUAUUAAUAAAGGAGCCAAUGUUGAUGCCAAAGACAAGUGGGGCCGCACUGCUCUACACAGAGGGGCGGUGACGGGCCACGAGGAGUGUGUGGAGGCUCUGCUGCAGCACAGUGCCAGUUUCAUGGUACGGGACUGUAGAGGCCGCUCUCCCGUUCACCUUGCGUCGGCCUGUGGGCACGUUGGGGUUCUGGGGGGCCUUCUGCAUGCUGCCCAGUCAGUAGAGAGCAUUCCUGUCAUCACUGACCACCAGGGCUACACGCCGCUGCACUGGGCCUGUUACAACGGUCAUGACACUUGUGUUGAGGUGUUGCUGGAGCAGGAGUUGUUUCAUAAGACUGAAGGGAACCCGUUUAGCCCCCUUCACUGUGCUGUAAUAAAUGACAAUGAAGGAGCAGUCGAGCUGUUGAUAGAAACACUUAGUCCUGUCAUCGUCAAUGCAAAUGAUUCCAAAAACAGGACUCCUCUUCACGCUGCUGCAUUCACCGAUCAUGUGGAGUGCCUGCAGCUCCUGCUGGGCCACAAUGCACAGGUGAACUGUGUGGAUGCUGGAGGAAAAACCCCGCUCAUGAUGGCCGCUGAGAACGGCCAGACUAAUGCAGUUGAGGUGUUGGUGAGCAGUGCUAAAGCAGAUCUCACGCUACAGGACGCCAACAAAAACACUGCUCUCCAUCUGGCCUGCAGUAAGGGUCAUGAAACCAGUGCCUUGUUGAUCUUGGAGAAGAUCACCGACAGAAACCUCAUCAAUUCCACUAACGCAGCUUUACAAACGCCCUUGCAUGUGGCUGCCAGGAAUGGCUUGACUGUGGUUGUCCAAGAACUGCUUGCUAAGGGUGCUAGUGUGCUUGCCGUGGAUGAAAAUGGCUACACUCCGGCCCUGGCUUGCGCUCCUAACAAAGAUGUGGCCGAUUGCCUGGCGCUCAUCCUGGCCACCAUGAUGCCAGUUUCUCCUGGCGGAGGCUCGGUGCCCACGCUCACAUUCAGUGCCAUCAACCACUACACCAGCCCCACUAAAAGCGUCACCUUCGACAGCCUACCAAUGCUCCGCUCCGAACACAGCUCCUACUGCAGCUUUAACAGCAUUGGCCGCCACGACGGCUUCUACAAGGACGAGGAGCUCAACGACUCCGACUCAGAGACUUACUGAGGAAUAGGUGGACGGACCUCCAGAUGUGGCAAUAACAAGACAAGGAAUCAGCAGCCUGGGGACCAAUAUUUUUGCACAGGAUGGUUUGACACUGUCGUAUUGCAAACACGGAUUCAUAUAUAAUUUUUCAGAUCUUGAGGGAUAAUUUAAAUCAGUCGCUUUAAAAAAACAAAACAAAACAUAACUGGGACAUUUGUGUGCUUUCAAACAGUUUUCAGUCGGUGUGCACUUCUGAUCAACUAUUGGGGGAAAGAAAUGAUUUAUUUUUUAAACAAACGUGAUUUUAAUACCUGUCUCUGACCCUCUCGAAGGGGGAAAACAAAUCGAGUAGUUUCUAAAGCGCAAAGGUGAAAUUUGAGGAUAUGAACAUCAGCGUUGUGUAAUGCUUUCGGCCACAAGCAUGAGUUUAAAACAAAACAAAAAAAACAGCUAACACCUCUCUCCAUCUUCAGUUUUAGGAUAAAUUAUUCUUUUUAUCUAUGGUAUUUAUUUUUACUUUCCGCAUUUCAUCAUCAUUUUGUGCCUUCAUAAAUUACUGUAUGGAGGGAAGGGGCAGCUCGAGAGAACAAAUUCUACAAUGCACAAGAAGUUCAACACUACAUCUGUGAAAAAAGCACUGAAAAUGAAAGGCAAACGGCUCCCAGCAUGCUUUGCUCCAGGAUGAGGAACACUGUGUAAAAACCAAUGGUAGAACAGCAUUUGAUCUCUUUGUAUGUUGAUAUAUGAAUAUAAAUAUAUAUUAUAUUUUUUCUGGCUCUUAUUAACAUGACGUUUUUUGAGCAGGUUUGCUCGCUUUGAAUUAGCAAAUGAAACCACUCGAUACUUCUGUGAUGGCCUGUCAGAAAAAAACCCCUGUGUUUGUCUCUUUUCAUGCUUUUGAGUUUUGGAAUGAUUGAAACUGGAAACCUGUUCAGUACAGCUUCCCGUCUGAGAGGGGGGCAGCAGAAAUCUGUUUGCAUCGCUCUUCUUUUAUUACCAGUCUUUUUUUGUGGAAAUAAAGGAGAGUGAUUGGUGCAGUUGAUGGCCACUGCUGUCCUUCUAUUCGGAACAAGAGAUUCCUGUAUAUUUUAUGGUUGAUUAAAUAAAUAAAUGAGUUCAGUAAUUUGAAA